AUGGCAACCUUUCAACACAUCCCACUUUGCGAGAAUGGUGAAUCGGGAUUCCCAUCGCGACUAGUACAACUCCUCCCUGGAUCUUUUGACGACGACAUUCAAGUCGAGCUACUCCAAGUAUACUUCAGAAACGACCACUCCAAAAUCCCGAAAUAUGAAGCAUUGUCGUAUGUUUGGGGCGAUCCAGCGCCAACUCAGCCCAGAAUUCGCGCAAGUCAAGCCUCAGAUGCCUCCCACAAAGAGCCACAGUACUUGACUGUUCGUGAGAACCUUUGGUGUGCCUUGAAGCACUUACGACAUGCAGAUGAGAAGCGCCUAUUGUGGAUCGACGCAAUUUGCAUAGACCAAGAAAAUGCCACGGAGAAAAGUCAUCAAGUAGCUCACAUGGGCUUCAUAUUUAAACAGGCCUCCCGAGUCGUGAUUUGGUUUGGACCAGCAGCCCCAGAAACGAGAGGAUGUAUGUCCAUGUUUAGAAGACUAUCGUCUGUGGCGACCUACGAUGUACAAAAGGAUAUACUGGCCUUCUCUCACCCUGAUGGCUCGAUGCAGCCUCAUCCAGCGCCACAUGUGGCCUUUACGAGAAAUGACCUCGAGGCUCUGAUACAGACACUAUCGUGUACAUGGUUCGAGCGGGUCUGGACUCUCCAGGAGGUAGGACUGACGGACCCCGGAAAGGCCAUCAUACAAUGGGGCCCGGAAUCUUUACCGUUUCACAGCUUUCAGACAGUGAUGAUGGCAUAUCAGGGGUACUUUAUCAAUCAGGACAAGUGGCCGACGUUUCUGAAAGAAAAGUGGGCAACACGCCGCGCCUUGGCUAUGAUAUUCAACAUGGCCUGGUUCUAUGAGGGUAUAUCCUUUACAGAACUCAUGAAUGUCAUUCGAUAUAGAGAGUGUCACGAUCCUAGAGAUAGAAUCUAUGCUGCCUUGAAUAUUUCCCGGACGGAUCUGGGCGUGGUGCCGGAUUAUAGCCCUGAACAUACAGCAGCCGAAUUGUACACACAAGUAUGUAUAGAGCAAUUAGAGCAGGGUAACGACAUGUUGAGUGCGUGUCAAUGGCCAAAUGGGAUGGAUGGUCUGCCGUCGUGGGUGCCGAAUUGGCAUAGCAAACGCAUGGAGCAGACGAUAUUCGUCGGUGGAAACAUGGGAUUGUUGAGCAACGAAUACAGACAUGGUAAUGACGCCGAAUUAAUCUGCUGGGGGUGUCAGUUUGCUGAGAUUACGGACUCCAUUGACUUGGGAUUGACGGCGCAAUCUACUGACGAGUAUGUCUGUUUGGCUAUUGAGAAACUAGUCCGGUGGAUUUGGCCGCAGGGCAUCAUGCCAGGCGCCUUGUUGAUGACAACAACUCGUGUUCUCCUUGCAGAAGCCAUAUCUGACUUCUGUUGGCCGCCUGGCGGUGACUUACCUUAUCCAACUCUUCGCGAUGCAAUGCAGACGUUGUACCGGGCUCAGCUGGGUAAGCUGUCCGGUGGUAUUUCGCCACUAAUCGCAAGGAAUAUACGUGAACGGUCGUCAGGGAGGGUUUUCGUCAAGACGUCGAGUAACGAGCUGGGUUUGGCGCUCAACACUACUCGUGUAGGUGAUCAUUUGUACGCCGUUCCUGGAUGUAGGCUGCCCUUGGUCCUGCGACCAGUAUCAUCUACUGCAAGUGCUGAGAGAAUGGAUCAAGGGAAGCAUGACAUGAAAUAUCGAGUUAUUGGGACGGCUUUUAUCGAUGGCCAGAACAUGGGCGAGUCACUGCUCGGAACCUUGGGUCGUGUUCGGGAAAUUUGGAUGUUCCUUGAAGGCGGCUUUGGGUAUGGUGAAGCUGGAGCAACUGAGCAGCCUUUGCGUCUGGAUCCGCGGAUUGCCAAGUUGUAUCUUGAACUGCGGGGGGAAGAGGCGAGCGAGGAGAUGGACUUGAGUGAAGUGUAUUCUAGGAUUACACCUGAUGUGUUGAGGGAGAAUGGUGCGCGUUUGAAACAGAUUACAUUAGUUUAG